GCAAAACAAAAAAUGUGUUUCUUUAGUGUACUGUAAUAACUAAAUUUAUACAAAAACGAUGGCAAAAUUAGGAUCAUUUUACAGUUUGUGCCCUUUAAUAGACAACAAGGUGUUGCUAGAAGUUUCAGACGAUCCGGAAGAUGGAAUAGUUAUUGUGACAUUGGGUAAAAAUCUAGCAAGUAGAUAUAAGAUUUCAGAUCAAAGGCAAUUAACUUGCUGGAGGACGAAAGAAAAAUUCAGCUCUCCAGUGUUAUAUUGCAAGGGAAAAAGUAAAUACGUUGCCGUAUUCAAUCAAUCGUAUCUAAAACUUUGGGAACAAGAUGAUAACUUAGAUAAGCAAAAGAAAUAUAAAUUCAACAAUCCCAUUCACACGCUUAUAAAAGGAGGUGAAACGAUACUGAUUCUGUUUCAAAAUGGCGCUCUAUGCAAUCUCGAGGAUGCCAUAGAAGAGAGGAAAACAUUAAACCCUGUGGGUUUAAAUCUAGAUAAUAUAGAUCACAUAUUAUAUGAAGAAAUUAAUGAUCAAAUUUACGUCGGUUUAAUCAGUGGCGAUAUUUUAUAUUGGACGAAAUUCGAAGAAAAUAAUAGCAGUUUUUCUAAAAUACCACUAAGAAGAGAAGAUGUUGAUAUAAGAGGCUUCGUGUUUCACAACAUAAGAAAUUCUAUUCAUCUGCUUACUUUAUGGUCUGAUGGUAGUAUGUAUUCCCGUCAACUUGAGGCUCCUCAUUUAGAAGAGGCCAGCAUCGGAGACCUUUUCACCGUCAUCGAUUCGAUAUCUCCUAAACAUUUUAUAUCUAUGAAAUCAUUAGAUGAAAAUUACAUCGCCCUGUACGGAGCUAACAGCAACGAAGAGGGGGCCGUUUUAACUUUGUACAAUAUACAGUUUAAAGUCAUCCAAUCGAAGCAGCCAUUUAAGUUAUUCAGUAGCAAUUCGAAAAUAUGGCGAUUGGGUAAUAAUCUACUCGUGCCAGUCGGGCACAAUUUGGCUGUAGUUCAUUUCCAAUUGGAAACCGAACAAUUGGCAGCGCUUGUUGGUAGUCACAGGAAGGUUCUUUCCGCUGCCGAUCCUGAUGUUAAAAUUGUUCAGGAGUUGGAGGUGGCUUCGUGGGAAGAAAAAACUUUUAGCAAAUGUUUGCCGAGUACAUUACAAUCGAGGCUCGAUCAAUAUGUUAAGCAAGGUUUACCAGAAUGCGCUAUAUUAGAAGAAUUGCUACCAGAAAUUUUCGAACAGAAUGAUAUUCAAUUGUUGAUGACUUUACUUAAAGUUUUUACUGAUAUUUCUGAGAAGUAUUUGGUAGAAAUGCUUAAUUUUGCGUUGGACGAUAGCUGUAAUAACAAACUAUUAGGGCAUAUUUUGUAUAGACCGUUUAGCGAAGUUUUGAUUCUACCAUAUUUAAGAUCGCAACUUUCGUUAGAUAAAAUUUCGAAUUUGCUGAAAUAUAUCCACUCUUUAUGGGCGACCAAUCAAACUUUACCCGCUUUAAGUUACAUAGAAACUCACGCGAAAUUACUAGAAUGGAGUUGCGCUAUCAUCGACUCUAACUAUCAAAAAAUCGUUUUGUCUAAAGACAAGUUGCUUAUUGAAACUUUGGAGAAUAUAAAUGAACUAGUAAAGGAAUAUCUAAGUUCUCUAGAUACUCUACGAGCGGUUGUACCUUUGCUAAAUUGUAUUACGAAUAAUAAAAGUUUCGAUCAAGGUUUGGAUGUUAGUAAUGCAAUGUAUACAGUUGAACAAGUUAAUUUGUAUUAAUAAAGGUUCUGUUUAUAAUA